UUGGCCUGUUUUUUCGCCCCCUUUGCACUUUAAUUGGAGCCGCGCGCCAAGAUGAUGUCCAUGAACAGCAAGCAGGCGCACUUCGCCAUGCAUCCUUCCUUGCCGGAGCACAAGUACACCAGCUUGCACUCCAGCUCCGAGGCGAUACGCAGAGCCUGCCUCCAAACGCCGCAGCUGCAGAGCAACAUCUUCGCCAGCCUGGAUGAGACCCUGCUGGCGCGCGCCGAGGCUCUGGCGGCGGUGGACAUCGCGGUGUCGCAGGGCAAGACGCACCCGUUCAAGCCGGACGCCACCUACCACACCAUGAGCACCGUGCCGUGCGCCUCCAACUCCACCGUGCCGCUGGCGCACCACCACCACCACCACCAUCACCACCACCACCCGAAUCUGGAGCCGCCGGACUUAAUGGAGCACAUCAGCGCGCCGUCGCUGGCGCUCAUGCACGACGGCGGCGGCGGCGGCGGCGGCGGAGGCGGUGGAAACGGCGCGUCGUCCGCCUCCGCGCACCAGCCGCACAUGCACGGCCUGAGCCACCUGUCGCACCAGGCGGCCAUGAGCAUGAACUCGCCGCUGACGCACCACGGCCUGCUGCCGGGCCACCACCACCACCACCCGCACGCGCACCCGCACGGCGGCCAGGCGGGGCUGGCGUCCGUCAGCGACGCGGACACGGACCCGCGCGAGCUGGAGGCCUUCGCCGAGCGCUUCAAGCAGCGGCGCAUCAAGCUCGGCGUGACGCAGGCGGACGUGGGCGGCGCGCUGGCCAACCUGAAGAUCCCCGGCGUGGGCUCGCUCAGCCAGAGCACCAUUUGCCGCUUCGAGUCGCUGACGCUGUCGCACAACAACAUGAUCGCGCUCAAGCCCAUCCUGCAGGCCUGGCUGGAGGAGGCGGAGGGCGCGCAGCGGGACAAGAUGAGCAAGCCGGACGUUUUCAGCGGCGGCGAGAAGAAGCGCAAGAGGACGUCCAUUGCCGCGCCCGAGAAGCGCUCGCUGGAGGCCUACUUCGCCGUGCAGCCGAGGCCAUCCUCCGAGAAGAUCGCCGCCAUCGCAGAGAAGUUGGACUUGAAAAAAAACGUGGUGCGGGUUUGGUUUUGCAACCAGAGACAGAAACAGAAACGCUUGAAAUUCUCCGCGGCGCACUGAAGGGACGCCCGGGGACUUCCGGUGACUCAAUGUGGGACCAAUGGACCGUCACGCACACACACACACACACACACACACACCAUGGUGCGCAUUCUUUAAUAUUCAUAUUUAAUAAUUGAUUCAUAUUUUCGUUUCAUGAAUGAGAAUUGGAAAAAAUUGUUUUAUUUUGAAAUAGGAAAAAUAUAUAUUUUUUUAAAAAAGCUGAUUUUUUAGUGUCGAAGGCAAAAAAAAGUAGAUUAAAAAAAAUCAGCAGGGAUUUUAAAAAACGGGCCACGCCGGAACCGGAAGUUGAACUCCAAUCGACGUUUUCGUUUGAGCGAUGAAAAUUGAAAAUAUUAGAUUUUUGAAAUACAAAGAAAUUGUAAAGAAACGAAACAAAAGCUUUCUUUUUUUUCCAUGUCAAAAGAAAAAAAUAGAUUUGUUCGUUUUAAAUUUCAUGCACAAAUUAAGACAAUUAGCAGAUUGAAAUCGACAUUUUCGUUUCAUCGAUGAAAAUUAAAUACAAAAAAAUUGUAAAAAAACCCCAAAACGAAACAAAAGCUUUCUUUUUUCCCCUGUCAAAAGAAAAAAAAUAGAUUAAAAAAAUGUCAUGCAAAAAUUAAGAAAAUCACCAGAUGUUCUCUUUUAUUACCAAACCACAACCGGAAAUUGAAAUCCAGAUUAGUUAGUCGAUAUUUUCGUUUGAGCGAUGAAAAUGUAAAAUAUCACAUUGUUGAAAUACAAAGAAAUUGUAAAGAAACGAAACAAAAGUUUUCUUUUUUUUUCCCUGUCAAAAGAAAAAAAUAGAUUUGUUGGUUUUAAAUUUCAUGCACAAAUUAAGACAUUUAGCAGAUUGAAAUCCAGUUAGGUAAUCGACAUUUUCGUUUCAUCGAUGAAAAUUAAAUACAAAGAAAUUGUAAAAAAAAAACGAAACAAAAGCUUUCUUUUUUUCUCCUGUCAAAAGAAAAAAAUAGAUUAAAAAAAAAACAAAAAACGAUUUUUUUUGUUUUUAAAUUUCAUGCAAAAAUUAAGAAAAUCAGCAGCUGUUCUCUUUUAUUACCAAACCAUAACCGGAAGUUAAAAUCCAGAUUAGUUAAUCGACAUUUUCGUUUGAUCGAUGAAAAUGCAAAAUAUCACAUUUUUGAAAUACAAAGAAAUUGUAAAGAAACGAAACAAAAGCUUUCUUUUUUUUCCACGUCAAAAGAAAAAAAUAGAUAAAAACAAAACAAAAUGUGAGUGCGAAUGUUGUCUAUCUGUGUUGGCCCUGUGAUGAGGUGGCGACUUGUCCAGGGUGCACCCCGCCUUCCGCCCACGUGCAGCUGAGAUAGGCUCCAGCAACCCCCGCCACCCCAAAAGGGACAAGCGGUAGGAGAUGGAUGGAUGGAUUUGUUUUGUUUUUCAAUUUCAUGCACAAAUUAAGAAAAUCAGCAGGUGUUCUCUUUUAUUACCAAACCAUAACCGGAAGUUGGAAUCCAGAUGAGUUAAUCGACAUUUUCGUUUAAUCGAUGAAAAUUAAAAAAUAUUAGAUUUUUGAAAUACAAAGAAAUUGUAAAGAAACGAAACAAAAGCGUUCUUUUGUUUCCCUGUCAAAAGAAAAAAAUAGAUACAUAAACGAUUUGUUUUGUUUUUAAACUUCAUGCACAAAUUAAGAAAAUCAGCAGAUGUUCUCUUUUAUUACCAAACCAUAACCGGAAGUUGAAAUCCAGAUUAGUAAUCGACAUUUUCGUUUCAUCGAUGAAAAUUAAAAAUAUUACAUAUUUGAAAUACAAAAAACGAAACAAAAGCUUUCUUUUCUUUCCCUGUCAAAAGAAAAAAAUAUAUUAAAAAAAAAACGCUGAUUUGUUUUGUUUUAAAUUUCAUGUAUAAGUAAAGAAAAUCAGCAGAAAAAAAAAAAAAGAAGCUUUCUUUUAUUACCGGAACCGGAAAUUAAAAUCCAGAAUAGUAAUCAACAUUUUCGUUUCUUCAAUGGAAAUUAAAAAUACAUAUUUCAUUUUGAAAUACAAAAAAACUUGUAAAAAAAAACAAACAAAAGCGUUCUUUUUUCAUUGUCAAAAGCAAAAACUAGAAUAAAAAACCCAAAAAUAAACACGAUUUGUUUUGUUUUUGAAUUUCAUGUAAAAAUAAAAAUAAAAUCAGCAGAACCAAAAACGGACCCAAAACAGAUGUUUUCUUUUUAUUACCAAAACGGAACCGGAAGUUGAAAACCUGUAAUCAAUAUUCUCGUUUCAUUAAUGGAAAUGAUAAAACGGAUUUUAUUUUGAAAUACGGAAAACUAGUAAAACAAAAACAACAAAAACGAAAUGUUUUAUUUGACAUUUCGUGUCGGACCAAAAAAGAGAAGUUUUGAUUUAUUGCAUUUGUUGAAAUCCUGCGAUUGUAUUUAUACUUUAAAAAAAAAAAAAAAAAUUUUUUAUUAUUAUUUGGUUUUUCUGACACCUCAGUGUGGACCUCCUGAAGGCCAAUCCGCGGUCUUAUCUUUAAAUAACAACAUCCGGUUCCGGUGUAGA